CUUUGGAACCUGAUAGUCAUGGCACAAAGAACAUCCUGGUCAUAACCGACCAUUUUACUAAAUAUGCUAUCGCAGUUCCCACCUCAGACCAGAAGGCCAAGACGGUAGCUAAGACAUUAUGGAACAGCUUCUUUAUUCACUAUGGCAUACCCGAACGACUACAUAGUGACCAAGGACGAGAUUUUGAGUCGGCUGUAAUCAAAGACCUGUGUCAGUUGUUGGGAAUUAAGAAAACGAGGACUACUCCUUACCACCCACGUGGCAAUCCUGUGGAGAGGUUUAACCGAACACUCUUGGAAAUGCUUGGGACUCUUGAGGAGGAGAAUAAAGUCAGGUGGCGGGACUACGUACAACCUUUGGUUCACGCUUAUAAUUGCACCAAAAAUGAUACUACAGGCUUUUCUCCUUAUCAAUUAAUGUUUGGGAGACAGCCAAGCCUUCCUAUCGAUGUGGCUUUCGGACUCAACCCAGAAAGACAGAGUAGGGUUACUCACACUGAUUUUGUGAAGAGGCUCAAGGAAAGUCUACGUGAGAGCUACAAGCUUGCAGUAGAGCAUAGUGAUAGAACCGCUCAGAAAAACAAGGAGAGGUAUGACCUGAAGGUAAGAGAGACUAUCCUGGAUGAGGGAGACCGUGUCCUUGUCAAAAAUGUUGGGGUACGGGGUAAACACAAGAUAGCUGAUCGUUGGAGUCGAACUGUGUACAGAAUAGUUAAACGUAUCAAUGAUUCUCCUGUCUAUGUCAUCACUCCUGUUAAUGCUGAUGGCCCUAUUAGGACAUUGCAUCGUGACCUGCUCUUGCCUUGUGGCUUCUUAACUUCAUCCACUGAAGCUGAAGUAGCUCAGCCAAAGCAGAAGAGAGAGAUGGUGAAACCUGCUCAGAGUUCAACACCUGAGGGGAAUGAAGAGCUAGAACAUCCACGUGAGAGUGAGGAAGAUGAUUACUACUGUCCAGGGGACGUGCGGAAGGAGAUGACGUUCCCGACAGUUACUGUUGUACAUGAAAUCCCUCAAACGUACUCCACAUCCUCUUCACGUGGACAGUGGACCACACUGAGCCAUGGGGACUCCAGAUUGAGCCCGGAAGCUGAGGUGUUCCAACCCUCAAGGGACUGGCAAUUGGAAUGUCGUGAGGGCAAAGUUCCUAACUCCUCUGGAGGGAAGCCAGAAGGAGGUGGCAUUCCAUCGGUUAAUCAAGAGGAUUCACCCGCCAGGAUGAGCUCUGGAGUAGAGGAUAAUGCUGUGACUCAAGUCAUACCUGAAGGCGAGAUCACAAAAGUUUAUGUGCAUGGAGACGGAAAUGAGCUGGUGGGAGAAGGACUUAAUGACCUACUUAAAGGACAUGAGCCUGAAGAUACCAGAGGGAGCUUUACUGAAGAGCAGGGAGCAACGACAGUGAGGAGAUCAACCAGAUGUAGGGUAGAACCCGAUCGACUUACUUACCAAUCACUAGGAAAUCCCUUGACCUUAGUCAUGCACUCCAUAUUGAAUGGUCUUGACCAGGCCUUUGCAAAGGUUUUAGACCUACCACAGACAUUUCAGUUUUCGCCGCCUUUAGAGGUUGGUCGAGUGACUACUGUGUAAGUGGAUAAUGAGUACAGGCCGGGACGCAUGCACAUUUAGAGGGGGUGGAUGUAACCCACUUAAAGUGAGCAGGACCAAGGUUGUCGUGGUUCUCCAGUCCCAUAGAUGGCACUGUCUUUAAUUCGGUUGAGCUCUUUUAUCACGAUCGCCCGGGUUAACCGAGUUGUCUCUCGGAUCGCGGGAAAAAAGAAAAGGAGAGGGAGAGAAGCGGCUGCAGGUGAAAAAGCUUAUUUAUGCAUCAGAGCUGUGAAGUGCCCAGCUACGUUCGAAACCAGUCAGCCUACCUCCCAGUCGGCGGAUGCAGUUUUCUCCUGGGCGCAGAUAAGAUAGAUGAGAUCUCCAGUCUAAUACAUUUCUUUGUUUUUUUUGUAAACUACUUGGUUAGUAUUAUUAUAUAUGUAUACCAGAGAAUUUAAAGUGAACUGAACUGCAUAUGUUCUGACGGACUAUUGUAGGGAGGGAGGAAUUGUUUAUUCUUAUUUCAUUCUUAUUUCAUUGUUCCGAACGUGAUUCUCAUUCUCGUGGAAUAUUGUUAAUAAAAAAUUGUUACUGUUUUUCCCUGUCGACUAGUGGUUGUGACCAAUUCACUCCGAGAGUUGAACCUAGACAUAAUUACUGACCCAGAUAUUAAAAGCCCACAUUUCGGCAACGUUAAAGUGUGGGGGUGAU